AUGCCAGCGUUACGGAUCGAUGAAAGCAACGCAUCUCUCGGGUCCCCAGCAGCAGGAGGCGACGGCAUUCUGGAGGUGCUGCCUGAGCUGCUGGAGGGGGAGGAGGGGCCACAGGGAUCGAUUGAGGCUGUUGUUGAGGAGGAGCAGCAGGAAUCGGGGAAGCCAUCUGUGGAGGAGGAGGUGGAGCAGCAGGGACAGGCGACGACUGGUAGCCUGGCUGUGGAUGGUGAGGAGGCAGCUGUGGGGGUUGGGGAGAAAACGUUGGUGGCACUGCUCUUGGAGGUGUUUGCGGAGCUGCUGGCACCGGUCUGGCCCGCGACGGUGGAGGUGGAGGAGCAGCGCCUCUGCGAGGAGGUGGCGGCACAGGGGCCGGUCUUGAUUCUCUUGGAGGCAGCUGCGGCAUAUUUCUCGAUGGUGGGGGUGGGGGAGCCGGGUUCCUGGAUGGGGGUGGAGGUGGAACAGCGCUGCCGCGAGCAGGAGGCGCAGUUCAAUGCUGGCACGCUGUGGACGGCGGACGAGGUGGUGGCAGCAGCGGCCACUGGUUGCGGCGACGGAGACGCUGAAGGCGGUGUUGGUGCUGAAGGGAGAGAUGGAGCAGCCACAGGAGCAGGAGGUGGCGGUGGAGCCCUUGCUUCUGGAGUUUCGGCUCUGGAAGGCCCCGAGGAGCUCUCGCUGCCGUAUGGAGUGUCAGGAGAGGAGUUGCGGUUUGCCGGUGGAGGGGGAGGCGGGGCUUUCUUUGUGGUUGCCGAGGAGCUGCUGGUAGCACUUGCACUGCUGGCGACUCUGGCGGACUUGUACUGGUAUUUGCGAGGAAUAGGAGGCUCGAGCCCCACCAAGGGCCCGCCUGUUUGGGCUAUGUAG